AUGGCAUUCUUAACACCCCAGGGAGUGAAAAAUGUCUUCCAACUUCAGAAACCAGAAGGUCGGGAGCACCUCCGGAGACUGCUGGACUGGGAAAAGUUUGACGAAGUGAGAGACUCCCGCAGAAGCAUCCUGCUGGAUACCCUCUAUGAGAGCAUCAUCUUUGCCGUGGGCAAAGGCUUCCCGUGGGUGGAGGUGGUCGAGGUGGUCAAGUUCACUGAUGAGCUGCUCAAGGAAACCAAAGUGUCUGGUGUUGUCACCCACCCCCGCUCUUCCCUGCUCGUUGCCCUUGUCCCCGAGCAGGUGCUGGCCUCCAGGGGCUUGGGGACCAUCUUCAGGAAGUUCCCAGCAGCCAAUGCAAAUGAAGGCCACUCCCUGUUAUUGAAGAACCACUUGCAGGAGUUAGAAAAUCUCAUCAACGAGGCCAUUCACAUCCAGAUCAAGUGCCUGAAAGAGCUGCUUCAGUAUGAGAUACAGACAACUUUUGAUAUUUUGGACCUGAAACUUCAGAAGAAGACUUUAAAUCUCAAUGCUCCUAUCCCUUUCCCACUCUCCAUCAGUGGCCAGCUAGGCCAAGAUGAAUCUCUUAAGAUCAACAAAGCACGCAAAGCAAAGAAAGCAAAAGGCAAGAAGGAAUCUAAAGACUGA